GGAACUGCGGGAGGAAAAAAAAAGUUAAAGUAAAAAUGGCUUCCUUGUCUUUGGAGUCUACAGAACAAUCUGAGAACAGCCCAGAGGAGCCAACGGCAACGGAGUGCAAAGAAGAGGAAGAUCCGGUGCAAAUUUCGGAACGAUUACUCCAAAGUUUCCAAAAGUCGGCUUUGAGUUUUUCCAUCGACCAAGUAUCAUGUCUCUGCGAGGCCCUUCUGCAGGCGGGCAAUGUGGAUCGCCUGUGGAGAUUUCUAUCCACCAUACCUCCUUCGUCCGAGCUGCUACGUGGCAACGAGACCCUGCUGAAGGCCCAGGCACUGGUGGCUUUCCACCGGGAAGAAUUCAAGGAGCUGUACGUCAUCCUGGAGAGCUACGACUUCCACCCGUCUAACCAUGGGUUCCUGCAGGACCUGUACCUGAACGCCCGCUACAAGGAGGCGGAGAGGUCCCGGGGCCGCAGCCUGGGCGCAGUGGACAAGUACCGGCUCAGGAAGAAGUUCCCCCUGCCCAAAACCAUCUGGGACGGAGAGGAGACCGUAUACUGCUUCAAAGAGAAAUCCCGAAAUGCCCUGAAAGAGUGCUACAAGAGCAACAGGUACCCGACUCCGGACGAGAAGAAGAACCUGGCCAAAGUCACCGGACUGUCCCUCACGCAGGUCAGCAACUGGUUCAAGAACCGCAGGCAGAGGGACAGGACCCCGUCCGGGACCCACAGCAAAAGUGAGUCUGAUGGGAACCACAGCACCGAGGACGAGUCGAGCCCCAUGGACGACACGCCUGAUAAACCAGAGGAGGCUGCUGGCUCCACAGCUUCCAUCAUCUCUCUCUCUGCCGUCCCCUGUAGCGCGGGAGGCCAGCUCAUCCUCAACGGGUCCGGUGGCUUCCUCACAGCGCCUCAGUCGUUACUACUUAAUGGAAAUUCCCUGCUCUCCAGUACCGGUACUGGUGUCAUAAUUAAUGGGCUAAGCUUGGGCGAUUGCCAGACAGUCACGCUGAGUCCUGUUGCAACCAACUCUCCGCUGAUACUGAACGGGGCUCAGGUAAUAACCAAACCUAGUAUCAGUGUGCAGCAGCAGCAAGCAGUUUCUAUGGCACAGCCGGAGCUUUCGGCCAAGCCGAGCAGCCUUCCGGCCGUUGUUUUUAGCACAAACACCACAUCAGUCUCAUACCCUCCAUCCAUCAUCUCUCUUCCUCUGCUAACCAGAACAGACAGCGGCAAUGCAAUGGAUUUCAUCAGUGUCUCUGAAUCUUCGUCUUCAUCUUUAUCUUUAUCCCCUUCCUCACCGACUCUGUCCUCCCCAACCAGGCUCCCCUCACUAGUCUUAACACAAAACACCCAACGCCAGGAGUCUCUCACCCUCCCGGCCUCCAUGUCAUCUGCAGGCAUGUUAAUCUCCAGUUCUUCUGUGCCUCUCUCCAGUCAACAAGGGGAGUACAUUGUCUUCGCCACAGCUGGCUCUCACUUAAACCCUUCUAGCUCUGUCAUUUACUCCAGCAACUCCGCCCCUCAGGUCUUCUCUCUGCCCCAGGUUGUGCCUUCCAUCCAGGGUAUACCAGUCUCCCAGCUGGUCCAGCACUCUUCAGGAGCCCAGGUGUCCCAAUGCCCUCAGUUGGUCCCAGUGUCCUCCCUCACCUCGCCAGCUCCUCAGUUCCAAAACCAGACAUUGAACACGAGCACCAGACUGGUGCAACAGCAGCAGGAUGCCUUAACAACUUUGCCUGAAGGUGCUACAACCAUAGUCUCUAUCUCACAGCUCAACAACAGUCAGCUCCCACAGCGAACGGUACACCAGCUGGGGGACCAAAGCACAAACUGCACACCCAGCAAAAUCCAGGUCCCACAGGUUAUUUCCAUCUCCUCCCCGACACAAGUAUUCCCAGUCCCCCAGACCAAAGGCACCACACCAGCACAGUUAGUCCCCCUCUCCAUGCCUCAGCUGGUCCCCAUCUCCCCCAUCCAAACUUCCUCCACCAUCUCUUUCCCCCAAGUGGUACCUGCCAGUCCUUCUCUCUCCAUCCCCUCGGCUGGAGUGCCCUUACAGAUCCUGACUUCAGCUCCUGCAGGGGUCGCACAGGGUCCUCUCAGAAUAAACCAGUUGAGGCCCAUUCAGAGUGUGGGUCCCCAAAGCAUUGCGGCCCCCAGUGUGCAGCUCCUCAACUCUGGGAUCAUUCAGCUGCCCUCUGCUCCUCCAGGUAACCUUCUCCUCGGUGGAGGCCCCUACCUGAGCGUCCAGCAAGGCAAGCUGAUUCUGACCAUCCCAGCCGGCAUUCAACUCACCAGCUUGCCCCUGAAACCAGUCCCUGAUGCUUUACCCAUCUCUGCUAAUGGACUGAGUCACCUUCUCACCUCCUCCGCCCCUCCUGUAGUCUCAACCACCUCAGGGCCGACCCCCAGUGGCCUCGCAUCAUGUCCCCUAAACUUCAUCAACUCGUCUCCACCGUACUGUGCUCUGGAGACGGGGACACCUGCCGUCCUCUCCCCUCCGGGGCUGGAACAUUCAGUCACCCCUACAAUGCUAAACUCUCUCACUCCAGAAAGUCUGCUUACCCUCAGUCCCAUGUACAGUGGGGUGACACCCAACACCCAGUUGUCCCAGCCAACCUGGAGCCCUGUGCCCCUCUCCACUUCGGCGAGUCUAACUUUGUUUGAUGUCCGCGGCAAGGGGGACCUAACUGUGGACCCGGCUUUGUUAGGCCUACCUGGAGGAGAGUCGCUGCUUCUGGGAAGCCCCUCGCCGGAGCAGGAUGUGGACGCCAACUCGGCACUGGGGAAUCCAGAGGACAUGGACGGGGACUCCAAGAUUCUCACUCAGCUCCAGUCAGUCCCCGUGGAUGAUGACCUCGGCUUGUAGUCCGUUUACCCGGCUGGUCGGCAACCCAGUGUCUCUAAAAACAAAAACAAUGAAACAACGCAGUAGGUUGCAGAAUCUGCCGUCGGACAGAUUUUUAUUCCACGCUGUCAAACUUCUAAGAGCCAAAUGUUUUUUUACAAAAUGUUCAGGUUCUGACAUGUACAACGAUGACGCACACUCGGUAGGGCCUGGUACCGUCACGGUCUCAGCUGGCACUUUUGAGAUCAAACCUCAGCAGCUUUAUUUCACAUAGAUGGGUAGGGUUACAUGGGAUGUUCUCGUGCGUUUCAGUUUUUUGUUUUUUUUUACUAAAAUCUGUACGUGCCUUAUGUGUUUCAUCAGAUGCAGACAGAAGAACUAACACAGAUUGGCCCAGUUACAAGUCCUGUGUGUUAAAAAAGAAAAGACUACACUAUGCAAGGCGUUAUGGCUUUGUCUACUCUCUCAGCUCUUCUUCGCAGUUUUGUGGACGACAGGCCAAGUUCAGCUGUACUUGGGAAAGAUGUCUGUUUUUUUUGCUGGCAAGAGAAGAAGUUCUUUGUGGAUCGACCACAGUAACUACACACCGCGGCGCUGUCUGGCAAAGGCAUGAAUCUAGAAAUAGUUGAGCUUGGCCUGUCUGUCCAGAGCGCAGAGAUUCAGGACUCAUUCUACCAGGAAACACUCCAGGAAUGAAGUGAGGAUUAUAUUCUUCACAAAGGGAACUGAGUUUAGUCGGUUGAGUUUUAUGUGGAACCAUUAGUACGUCGUAGCUUCAAGGGCUAUGCAGCAGUAUUUUAUUACCACAGGUUACUGAAGUCUAAGCUGAAACAUUAUUUGAUCAGUGAACUGUUUUAAAUGACUUUCUGCAGUUUUCAAGUGAGAAUGCUGCUCACCAUUAGUAAGAAUACAACACAGGAAAUAAAAAGGUCUACACUCUAUGCAAUGCAUGUUUAGUUCUUGAUAGGACACUUUGUGGCACAGGGGCAGAGUUGAUAAGCCAGUACUCUUGGGAGAUGAAAAAAAAAAUAAGAAGCUUUUAAAUACUGAACUUUUAAAUGAAGCAUGACACUAAAGCAUUUGCUGUGAUCCCACUUCGUGAUAUUUGUUGUCAAAUGCAUCCAAAAUCUUUGUUUGUUGAUAUUGAUAAGUGCCUUAUUUUAAAGCCUACAGGUUUGAUGUUUUUGAUAAAAAUGUUUCGACUUUUUACACAGUUUUACAAAUGCUAUACACAACCAAAGUUUGGGAUUCACGUCAUGGACUUAUUUGAAUAUCCACAUUUGUUUGUCUGUUUGAUCGCCAGUGAAAUAUAAUGUGACAGAUUUUGUUGCAUAGUCAUAGCCCGAUCGCAUCUAUUUGUAUAUGUUGCACCUUUCAUUCAUACGAUGUUUACUGCGCUGCUGUGUUGUUAUGACAGUGGUUGGACUCAUAUUCUCCUCUGAAAUAUCUUUUUUUAAAUUGGACCUUAAUCAUCCAGAUACUGAUCUCCUGAUGAAAUCUGUUGUAAAUUGAUUGGAACAGCUCCUUCCAUUAAAACCUUAAUAAUGCUUAUCAUCGUUAAAGCGUUCCACUGUCAUAACGCAGGUAGCGGUCAGACCUUUGGCUAAUUAUGGUACACAAUUGUUUGUCUUUUUUGUACAUUUAAUCUAUUUAAAGCAUGUAUCAAUCAGUAAGAAAGUGAGUCCUUGUGAGAAAAUGCAGAUAGGAAAUGAUAUUCAUUUUGACUUGGAAGGUCACAUUGUUGUGCAAACUGAGGUUUUACAAUCUUAGACUUGCAUGUAUUGAAGUCAUUUUGAUGGUCAUUUACAAAUACAGUAGGUCGCCCCCUGUUAAUUAAUGUUAAGGCCAUUUGUUCCCAGUGGCCUUUGAGCAGAUUAUUGAAUGGCUUGGACAAAUCAGUUUCAGUCUGAAAUUUAAAUGAAUAGUUAGGGGUAAAGGGAAAUGUGGAAUAUGGUAGCCUGCAUUUGUUUAUAUGAGCCAUUUCUUACCAAAGUAUGUUGACAUUAAAGCCUCAAUGGGCGUAUGCACAUUUGUACCCGUUUGUUUGUAGCCUGGGAUACGUUUAUGCUCUCUGCUACCGGACACACAUACAACUCCAGAUUUAACCAAAUAUAAUGUAUUCUGAUCGACUUUUUGAUAUUUGUGAAAGGGAACGUUUGUGUCUGUCAUUCAAGCUUCUUGUUUUCUCAUUUUUGUAUUCAAAUGCAUUCUAUUUUUUAUAUUUCAUAAUAUUGCAAUAAACUACAUUUACCGAAGCGGUUUCGGCUUUUGUUACGACUGUUGGGAACGGUUAAGUAUCGUUUGCACUAAAACUAUUUGUCCGAGGAUUAUGCUUCUAAUUUGGCAGGAAAAUGUUAUUCAAAUGCGUUUUCUUUCUACAUUGCAAAACCAUCAUACUCUCUCU